GGAGGAGGAGGAGAAGGGAGCUCGAGCUCCGAUCACGAGUCAUGAGGAGCCGGAGAGGACGGAAACGGAGAGUUUAGGCGCGCUAGCUCUGCAGAUGAGGACACGAGGCAAGAACCGGGGAUCAAAGAAUGGCCGCUCCUGAUCUUCUGGACCCUAAAGCUGCCGCCCACAACUCCAAGCCUCGCCUUUCAUUCUCCGCCAAACCGGUGGUGCUGAACUCGCCGGAAGACUUUGAGCCGCGCAUCAGCGUCAUGCGGUGGAAAACGGUGCUGACCGUUUUUCUGCUGGUGGUGCUCUAUCUGAUCGUAGGAGCCACUGUCUUCAAAGCUCUGGAGCAGCCUCAUGAAAGCUCGCACAAACUGGCCAUCCUCAGCCAAAAGCUCCAGUUCCUCAUUGACCACCCAUGUGUUAAUGUAACUGAGCUGGAGGACUUGGUGAAGCAAGUGAUGCUGGCCAUCCGAGCAGGAGUGAACCCUUCAGGGAAUUCAUCCAAUCAGACGAGUUUAUGGGACCUGAGCAGCUCCUUCUUCUUCGCUGGGACUGUUAUCACUACUAUAGGAUUUGGAAAUAUUUCGCCUCACACGGAAGGGGGCCGAAUAUUCUGUAUCGUCUACGCUCUGCUGGGAAUCCCCCUGUUCGGCUUCCUGCUGGCCGGAGUGGGCGACCAGCUGGGGACCAUAUUUGGCAAAGGCAUUGCCAAAGUGGAGAAAAUGAUUGUGAAGUGGAAGGUGAGUCAGACGAAGAUUCGCGUGAUCUCCACUGUUCUCUUCAUCCUCUUUGGCUGCCUGCUCUUCGUCACGCUGCCAGCCAUUAUCUUCAAGCACAUCGAGGGCUGGAGCACCCUGGAGGCCAUUUAUUUUGUCGUCAUCACUUUGACGACCAUUGGCUUUGGAGAUUUUGUUGCAGGUGGAUCUGAGAUGGAGUAUCUGGACUACUAUAAGCCAGUGGUGUGGUUCUGGAUUCUGGUGGGGCUUGCGUACUUCGCCGCGAUACUCAGCAUGAUCGGAGACUGGUUCCGGGUCAUAUCAAAGAAAACGAAAGAAGAGGUGGGUGAGUUCCGGGCACACGCCGCUGAGUGGACGGCCAACGUCUCGGCCGAGUUCAAAGAAACCCGCCGGCGGUUGAGCGUCGACAUCUACGACAAGUUCCAGCGCGCCGCAUCCAUCAAGCGCAAACUGUCGGCCGAGCUGGGCCUCAACAACCCGCCUGUCAACCAGGAGAUGGGCAAACGCACGCUGUCCGUCAACCUGGGGGACGAGCGAGAGGCGUACCCCUCCUUCCCCCUGUCCCGCAACGGCAGCCUUUUCAUGAACGGCCUCAGCCCGGAGUACGCUGCUGACCGGCGGGACAUCGCUGUUAUAGAACACCUGAAAUGA